AUUCACUAAUUUAUUGUAUUGAUGAAAAUGGCCGCUUGAUAUUGUAUCCAGAAUGAUUGCAAAUAUUAUUUCGGAAUUUACCAUGGAAUCUUUUAAUAUUAUCUCUAACUUGGAAGUUGAUGUUGAUUCUAAUUGUGCAAAUAUUACUCGUGAUUGUAAGUGUGGAUUUAAUUCUAAAGUUAUUCUCGAAAAUCAAAGACAAUACGGAUACGCACAACAGCCUUGCUUUAAGAAUUGUCACGCCUUUAAAGGCCGUCCUUGGCGGAAAAAUUCAGUAAAAGGUGCAUUUUUUGAAAGUGGAGGCGGAGAAGUCUGGACUUACUGAAGUAUCAUAUGGAGCCUUCUAGAAAUCAAUUAUACUUAAAUUGGCAAUCCCCUGUAACAUAUAAUCCUUUUGUGAAUCAAACAAAAAUGUAUUCAACAAUGAAUUCAACAAAAUCCCCAAUUGAAAAAAUGCAUUCGAAGCAAGCUUUAAAUAUGCAUUCCCCAACGAUUGUUGUGACGCCAAAAAAAGGGAAUAUAUUUCAAAAUAUGUAUAAUUCAUUGGCAACAAUAUUCGUCGAUCAACUCGCGAAAGUGCCAACAACAUUAAUCAAUCAUUUUACAAAUGUCAAUAAUUCCUUGAGUGUCACUAUUGUUCCAAAUGAGGGAAUAAUAUCACACGAAUUUUUUAAGACCCUCACUGGUCAAAAGGAUCAAUUGUCAGAAAAUAUGUAUAUACAAUGUAUCCAAAAUAAGGAAUCAUCAAUUGAUUUUAUUGACACAAUGAAAUUGAGUAAUAAAGUUCAUAUACCAAAGGACGAAUUUCUAGGCAAUACGAAUGAUUCUAAAUUUCCGAUUUUAGAUGAUUUUGAUUUGUGUCUAGAUUUAGAGCCAAUGUUUUUAUAUGAGAAAGCAUUCGACAAUAAUCAUCAUACUAAUCGAACAGUUAUGAAUGAUAAAAAGAAAUCGAGUGAAAUAAAUAUGGAGACUAUUGAUGACAAAAUUAUUCCUGAGGACGAAAUUAUUAUCAAGAACAAAGUAGAAUUGUAUCAAAAUACUAAAUUAUCGAAGAAUUCGUCAAAUGACAAAUUACAAUUAACGGAAAAUAAUUCAUUUUCCAAUAUGUGGAAUGCAGUUAUCAGUGGUGUGACAGAUCAUUUUCGUUCAUUUUCACCGGCACAGAAGAAUAAUAAUAAUCAGCAUCAAUCGAAAAAUCGUCGAAAAGCAAAUUGUGUGUCGAGUGGACGAGGUCGUGGCAGGGGAAAAUCACAAUUGAGACGCAAUGGUGUCAGUCAAAGUAGACACAGAAAAGAGAGGGGUAAACAUCAAAUUUUUACCGAUAUUCAAGAUGAUUUUGAUACAUGGGAAGAAUUUGAAUCGUAUACGGAACCAUUUAAUUGUCUCGGCUAUGAGGACAAUAAUGAUGAUAAUGAUAAUAAUGGUGAUGCUGAUAAUAUUGACACUAUGAUAACAAUUGAGAAUCCUUCUUAUACACUGAACUUUGAAUUGAUCGAUUUUAAACCGAAGAAAAUGAAGCAAAAAAAGAAUAUUCUCGUGAAGACAGACAGCUUCUCGAUGAAAGUGAAAUUUGUACCUGAAUGUUCCUUGGAGGAAAGAGAGGCAACCUGUACAGUAGAUAAGACUGCCUUUCGUCCUAGACUGAUUUCGGAAGCUUCUGUUGAUUCUGAAGACAGUUACAUUGUCUUUCAAACAGGCGACGAUUCAGAUUUCGACUGUUCAGAUGAAACUGAGACCAGUGAUAGUGACACUGAUACCGAGAGUGAGACUGAUGAUGAACCACUGAAAAAUAGGGUUCGUUUUAAUUUAAAUCCGACGAUCCACAAAAUGGUAAAAUGGGAUUUUGCAUAUCGAGCCGCAAGACUUGGUCCAUGGGAGGAAAUGGCGAGAGAUAGAGAACGUUUCAAGGAUCGUAUUUAUUCAAUUGGACGGAUUCUUGAACCCGUUCUGUCAUCUCAUGUCAGAACACAAAUUUGGAAUGAGCGAUUUGCACCCAAGGAGGAGUCAUUGUAAAGCCUUCAUCGUUUUUUCUCUUGUUUUUUAAAGAAGAAAUAGUUGAUUAUUUUUCGUUAACAAAAUUAUAUUAACGUCUUAGUUAGUUCACAUUAAUUUGACGAAGAGAAGGUAAGUUUUAAGUAAUACAUAAUAUAUAUUAUAUUUUUUUAAUCUUUAUUAAGUAGAAAACCAGAAAUUUUCAUAUAAGCGAAAAAAAAGUUAUUUUAAAAAACAGCGAAUCAUCUAAUAAUGAAAAACGCAUUUAUGCAUUUUAUCUGUUUUCGAUAAUUUAAACAUGAAAAACAAAAUCUUAUAAAUAUAACGACUUCGAUUUUUAGUGUUGUCUGUUUGUAAGAAUAUAUUCGAAUAGAAUUUAUAAAUUUUUAAAAAAUACUAGAUCAUAAAAAAAAUUUUAAGAUUAUAGUAUUAUUCUAAUUUUUUUAAUUCUACGAUUUAAAUAAUGUUUUUAAAUGUAAAAAGUGUAAACUAUUUAAAAUUAUUAUUAACUUUUAAAUUCUCUUCGCCAAAUUAUCUAUAAAAAUAAUUUUUAAAAAUGAAAAUUUCCAGCGAUAAACAUUUUAUUUCCGAUAAAAGUCAUAAUAUAUAAUCAUGAAUAAUUAAAUUCUAGCAUAGAGAAAAUUUUUUAUUUAAUUAAAAUUAAUUAAAAAAUUCUUUCUGUUAUUUAUCUGAAAAAAUAUUUUAUUUACAAAUUUUAACUGUGAUUUUUUCUGGUUUAUUGUUAUCGCUAAAAAGAAUUCUUUUUCGGAAAUAUUUCUUUAUCAAGAAUAUUUCUUUAUACUAUAAAUAUGUAUAUUAAUGUGUUUAAAAGGAAAAAAAAAAUAGUUGUGUAAGUUUCUGUAUAAAGAUACACGGAUUUUUAACCACGUGAGAAUUCCGCAUGGGAAAAAAUUGAAGUCACAGAUUUAAAAAAACAUAGAAAAUUAUAAAAAAUUGAAAUCUAUUGAUUUUGGAACUUUGGAAAAUCGGUGAUUUCUUUUUAUUUAUUUUCCAAAAAGGGAAAAAGGCGGUAUUUACACGUGUGUGGGAGAAGAAGUGUUUAAUAUGUACAUGUAUUUUUAUGGAAAAAAAUUUACAUCGACAGUUGAGAGAAUUUUUGCAGAUUUAUUUGAUGCAUUUCAGUCAGAUGCAUUGUUUUAUAUUAGAAAAAAAAUGUUUUGUAUUUUGCAUCUGUUUUUUCUCUUAUUUUUCUGUUUAAAAAAAAAAUAUCAAUAUUGCUCGUGAGAAGCAGGCCUCUCCAGUUAUUUUUCCAUCUGCAUUAAUUCUUCCUGUCGCUGCUACUUGUAUUUAUGUAAAACUAAUAAAAAAUAGUUUGGAUUCAAA